AUGAAUGACAGCUUAAUAAGCAAAUCUUUUCGAAAAGCUGUAAUUGAAAAGGCAUUUUAUUUAAUUUUGCAUGGUGUGCAGUAUAUUUAUAAUAAGGAGCCAAUUAUGCUGGAAUUUGAUUUACCAGAAAAUGGUAUGAUUGUGGUUGGGGAUUUGCAUGGUGAUCUUAACUGCUUAUUCAGCAUAUUAUUAGAAAAUGGUUUUCCACCAGCUUCAAGUUACUUAUUUUUAGGGGAUUAUAUUGAUCGCGGGAAACAUCAAGUUGAACUGAUAUUUUUUAUAUUUUUGAUGAAAUUGCGGUGGCCAAAUUAUGUGACAACUUUGAAAGGCAAUCAUGAAAACUAUGAAUAUUGUAAAGAAAAUGAUUUCUUCAAGGAAUGCUCAAAAAUGUUCAAACGAAAUUCCCGCUGGUUUACACUCAUAAAUUUUGUCUUCGAUCAUAUGCCUAUUUGCGCAAUUAUCUCUAAUUACUAUUUUGUUUGCCAUGGUGGAAUCUCUCAAUGGUUGACUUGUCGCAGUAAUGUAAAGAAUAUCAGAAAACCAGCAUAUACUUGUGAUCUAUCUUUUGUCGAAGGCGUAAUGCUUACUGAUCUGUUGUGGGCUGAUCCGAUCUCCGGUAAUGAAGAGUAUGUUAAACCAUUUUCUGCUAGCCCUCGAGAAUGUGGUUAUUCAUUUAAUCAAGUUGCUACUAGAGCUGUUCUUCUUGCAUUAAAAGCCAAAGUCUUAAUCCGAGGUCAUGAAUAUUAUCCUAAUGGUGUGAUGAGAAAUUUUAACGAUAGAAUGUGCUAUACAGUACACAGUGCUCCUGAUUUUGAUAAUGAAGAAGAAGCAAUGAGUGGAGCAUUGAAGCUGACACGACAAGGGAAUAAAUUUAAAGAAGAAGAACGAUGUCGUUUAGUGAAACGAGAUGAGCAAGUCAGUGACUUAAUCCCCAAAGUUCACGAAGCUUUAGAGAAUGCUUUUCUCGAUACGAUAAUUUCAUAUAACGUUAAUCAGUGUUAUUGGUGUCAACAACCAUAUCCAUUAUUUGUAACUCGACGUAAACGUUAUUUCACUUACCUUGACAUAUGGCAGUAUAUGUGGUAUAAAGGAAGAAUUGUGCUGGAACACGAUGAUGUAUUUAAAUAUUAUUUCAGCAGAUUUACAGAUAGACGCAGAAUUAUAAGAUUUACGAGAAAAAAAUUCCUAAAAAUUGUCCAAAUGACAAAAACUGAUCUGCUAGAACGAGCAGCAUAUUUGUUCCCAAUGGCGUAUGACAUAAAUAGUGGUUGUUUCAAUCAUGCCUCAAUCAUUUGUCCACGUUCUUUCCGAAUUUGCAUGACAGAAGACGAGCUAGACUUGAUAAAAGAUAUUUAUAAAACGCUUGGAGGAAAUCCACGUCAACUGCCUUCUUUCGCUUUGCGUAAAUUCGAAGAUGCUGUAAACAUAUAUUUAGAGAAGAGAAAAUCUAAAGGACGAUUCAGCAAGAUUAAAAAAUGUAUCUGUCAAGCCAUGGGAUUAGAAUUGAAACGAGUAAACACUAAAAGUUCUUCGGAAACUAUACCACAUGCAGUAGCUUCGUUACCUUCUGAAGAUGAAACAGCUGGAAAAGCUGAUCAUUAUGAAAAAGGAAACGAUAUGAAGAUGGGAGUGAUUCUGAACGUUAUGGAUGAAGAAGGAAGCGAAUCCAAUCAAGUCCAAACCGCAGGCCCGUCAUCUUCACUGGCAAUCACUCCUAGAAUUAGACGUUUCAAUGAAUCCUUUCUUCUUUCAUCUCCCACAACAGAAGAUACAUCUGAUGCAAAUGAUCUUUUUAUUUUUGAUACUGUGGAACCCAAUGAAACUGCUUUAGAACCUUAA